AUGAUAAAAGGUAACACCCCGUAUUAUAAUCCCGAACCGGAAACGUAUGUGAAACCACGUAGUCUACCAAAUUUCGCUGGUGCUAGCAACGGUUACGAGUCUGAUUCAACUUUGUCCGAUUACGACCCCAAAUACUACGAACCGGUUGAGCGAACCAGUUCGGAUAGUAACAACGAGGCCAGGCCCAAUCAUCAACAAAGGGAACAACCGCAACACAUUGAAGAGGAACCCAUCAUUCAAGAACUACGUCCUGAAAAAGAAGAGUCUGUAUACUACAGCGGUGAACCCCAAGUCUAUUCGCAUUAUCAACAACAACAGCAGCAACAACAACAGCAGCAGAAUCAUUAUCAGGAGCGGACCACAUACGAGGAGAGUGAGUCCAAGUCGGAAUUCUCUAAUAUAGAAGCGAAUCCUAUAUAUGAUGAAAUUCCCGCGCUCGCUGCCGACAAAGAUUUGAUCAAGACAAGCAUCCAAGUCCCACCGCAGGAAGAAGCUGAAGAGGAAUACCGACCAGAUGAUUAUAAAACAGUUGUGAGUGUUCCCGAACAACAGAAGCCGUCCAGUGACGAAGACGACGUCAAGGAAGCAAAGAAACACAGUCAUAAUUAUCUUAAAGAAUUUUUGGAGACGCAGAAAGGUUCCAAGAAGCCUUUGCAAAACUUUUUGAGUAAGCGAAUUUCAAGAGCUUUUAAUUCGACCCAGGAUACUACGGUUGGAGACGUUAUCAAAUCCGGAAAGAAGAAUACCAACUUAAUUGAAAAUCAAUACUUUUCAUUGCCUGAUAUUACCGUGAGCAAGAACUUGCAAAAGUGCGAGAAGAUCGAUCGCAAACUUCGUAAGUGUGAAAAACUUCAGAAAUCCCCGUCAGACGUGUCUACCAAUCGGUUCAUAGUUAAUAUUGGUAAUCAUUUUGACGUUACAGCAAGGAGUUCCAUUCCGGUGGAUUUUGAACUUAAAAUUUCGAAAAUACCCAAAGCUAAAAAGAAUAAAUCUGAUAAGAACUUUAUUGAAGCAGUGAAAACAUUAAAUCAAACACUGAACGGUGUUAAAGGUGAGGUACAGAAAAAUCCUAAAGUUAUUGUAAACGGAGAAGAAAUCAACACUAACGAAUUAUUUCAACGUGAUAAAGAAGUUGAGGUACUCAUUGAAGAUACCAAAAUGUCUAACAUAAACAAUGGAACGUUAAAUAAAGAAUUCCAAUCAAAAAUCAACACCAUGAGGAAUUACUGGGGGAGUAUGGUUGGUAAAGAUCCAAAAGAAAAAGAAUCAAUGAUUCAAGCUGCUCAAAAAGAAGAAAAGCAAGAUCCCAUUAAAGACGUGACCAAAGAACGUGGUAAAUGUAAAAUAGUCGGAAUGCAAACAAAAAUCGAAGAAGUCAAAAAGAAGUUUGAAGCAGAUCCCAAUGAAAAGAAGGAAUCUGAUGCGGAAGCUAAAGCCCCAUCAAGGGUUCAGAUGACUAAGCAAUUUUUCGAGAAUAAUGAUGCACAACUCCAAAAAGCCACAAACAAACAAGGACUACUUGAGAAUCCCUACUUUGAUAACCAAUUUGAAAGCUUAAACCCCAACACUCUGGAAUUGAUAGAACAGGAUGAUAAAUAUGAGGAAAUUAUUGUAAGGAAUGAUGAUCCUCUUCCAAUACCAACAGCUGCUAAAGUGGAAAAAGAUAUUAAAACGGUAAAAGAAACAAAUGAUGCAAAUCAGUGUAAAGAAAAAGAAAAAUCAGCUGUAAAGAAAUCAAAAUCCAUUGAACCAGAAUUUGAUCAUAUCCGUUACAGAGUAGUAAAAUCUGAUUUAUUCCAAAAGAAGAUUUUCGCUAAAUGUGACAAGGAAUCACAGUUUGAUGGCCUAAUGCAAUAUUUACAAGAUUAUUCCUUCCAAGAGUUAUUAAUCGAUAACAACAUUGUUAUCAUUGAACCAAUUAGAACCAAUAUUCAAUAUGUGGGAUCUAACAAUGCACAUCACACAAACAAAGUGACCAAAUUCAUCAGAACUCCUGGUAAACCCCCAUCAAACAUAGAAAGUGUUGGUCUUAGGAAACACUUCUUCUAUCACCCAAUCAGGGUAAACCGAGAAGUCAACGAUGAUGAACUCCCUAACCCUGAUACAGUAAAACAAGUAAGGCAAAUGUUUGAAGGUCAAAUGCCUAGGUCCCAAAGCUCUAAACAUCUAGACGCUUUGACCAAACAAACUGUACAGUACAUCAGACCUGUAGAUCCUGAUAAAGAUAGAUGCUCAGCAUCUGAUGGUAGUUCCAACAUGUCAGAAUGUGAUGAAAAUGAUGAAUAUGAUGAGGAAGCAGAUGUAUGUUGUGAAUAUGUAAGCGAAGACAUCCUAGAAAAAAUCAGAGAAUGCGGAACAUCUGUAACCUACUAUGGAGGAAGGGUUACAGCUAAACGUAAACCACAAGCCAUGACUAAAGCUAUCAUGGAUGAGAUUCAGAAUCAAAAGAAUCAGAAACCCAAGUGUAACUGUGCAUGCAAAUAUAAAACCCGAGAUGUUUCAACAGUAAACCAAGAAACACCACCAAAUCAAAAUCAAGAACCUAAUUCCUACCAAGGAGUUAAGUUUAAGUUACUUAAGUCUAACAGUUGCAGUUCACGUUUGGAGCUAGUAGGAACCAAGAAUCUAAGUGAAUACAGAAAGAAAUUCAUAAUGAAACAAAAGCAGAUUUUAGACGAACAUAACCUCAAGAAGCAAAACGCAUUGACAAAGAGUAUCAACGAAAAGAAUCACAUCAAUGAGUCUAUCAAAGAAGUGAAUGUACAGAGUAACGUCCAAAUGAUCAACGAACUCAACGCACAUACUCAUCCAGUCGCAAAUGGUAAUAAACUAAAUCAUCCAAAAGAAAAUGGUCAUAAACCUUUGAUGGCCACUAUGAACGUCAAUAUCAUGAACGGCGCAAACAACGUCAACCACGUGACGCACGUGACCAGCGUGAACCAAUCUCCGAAAAUCAUCGGCGAAGAAAUGAAGGCGAAGAAACUCAUCCAGUGGGGUGAAAUGCGCGAGGAUAACAAAACCUACUCCGGGAUCACGUACACACACAAUAACCAUAAAGCAAAGACGUAUGAUUUUUACGAGAAAGUUAAAAUCAAACCGAAAAAGACCGAGGAGAUGGAAUUUGAACCGUACGAGGUGGCUAAUUGAUGACUGCACGUGGCGACCAUUAAUAAGAUUUCAAUACAACGAAUAACAAGAAGCAGUAAAUAUGAAUUUAAGGGCAAUUUAGAAGAGAGUAGCUAUAAAUAAUGAAAGUAAAUAAGGUGUGCGAAGAAAGGCUAUAAAGAUUUGCAAGCGAUUGUGGCGAAAAUAAUAAUAAAAUACGGAAAUUGCCAAGAGUAACACGAAGGAGUAUAUUCCGGUGGAAAAUUUAAUUGCAUUUAGUUAUUAAUCCCUAGUCGUUAAUUAUAUGCUUUUAAUCUAACUAAAAUACGACCAAAAAUUUCUUGAAAAUAUUAAAAUCUAAAAACGCAUUCAUAUCUUAUUUUAAUGAUUUGUAAUUAUUUGUAUUUCUUGUUUUAACCAUAUUAUGCACUAAUAACGAAUUUUAAUAUAUUAUAAUUAUGAUAAAAUUAUUGAUUAUGAAAAGCAUUGUUGAUAAAUUGUUUAAAUGUUAUAUAAGUAUUUAUUAGAUUUAUGAAUAAAUAUAAAUAUGUAUCAAGCACCCAAAAUAUAAAUUUUAUUUUAUAUAUGUAUUUUAUGUAUUAUUAAUUGUAAUUGUAAUAAUUGUAAAAAUAUACAAUAAAUAAACGGGGAUAUAUUUAAUUUA